AACUAAGCUCUUCCUACAUCCUAAGUUGCAAGAGCCUUUCUUUGGCAUAAUUUGUUGACGACUAUUUCUAUGCAUCAAGAAUUAGGACAGCAGUCGAGAAAUUGAACCGAAAAAAAGUAUCAAGUAUCUCAUGUGGACUUAGGCACCUCCCCAGAACCGCAAGAUUCGCACUCCCGCAGGCAAUCUGCAAUUCCGCAGUAGUCAUCCAAUGUUCAGACAUAGCAUUCAAUAAUAAUGCACCAUACCCCAUAGUCCUUAUGGAUAAUCCUAAUAUCCUUGCGCUCUGGCCCUAUCUUUCAACAUGAUGAUUUCGUUGCUUAUUGCCAGAACAUCAUGAUGACAUCACACGCAGCGAUCGUCUUUAUAUCUUUCGAUAAGAAUUUAUCAUUCUCAGUGAAAUCAACUACAAGAAAAAGGAUCUUCUGAUUCUUUUGGAACAUAAAUAAGUCUUAACUAUGUCCGUCGAAAGAGUCAAAGACAAGAAAGGCGAGAACAUCAAUGAGGGUGAUUAUGUCGCGACAAAGUAUCGCGGUGGAACGCAUCAGGGUGAGGUCGAUAAGAUAGUUAUGGAUGAGAAAGGAGCUCGUGAGGAAGGAGUUGCAAAUCCACCGAAGGUCGUGUUCCAGGACCAGCAUGGACAUCGGGUCGCUCAUAACCCGAGUACGUUGGAGAAGAAGUGAGAAAUUGUGAUUGAUUUGUCUAUUGUGUAUUAAUAGAUAUUCCAUAAAUUGUUAGGCCAAUUGAGCUUUCUUGAAAUGUCGUUGAUCUUGAACUAUUUUUGCACCAGUAUAUUAGGUGGAUGGUUAAUUGGAGUAUAGAAGAAAACUGGAUACGCAUCUUUUCAUAAAUCUCGGGGAGCUUAAAG